AUGGAAGAUCUUAACUGUUAUGGGAAUGAGACGCCACCCCAUGAAUCAAUCAUUUCCUUUGGCUAUGUAUCAUCACCUUUCUAUGGUGCAUUCAAAGCCACGACUGGAGAGCAUAUCUAUUCAACAAACAUGAAAAAUAUUAUAGAAACUGUUUCAGAAAACUCAAUAAAUGAAACGGGC